ACUACCAGCAGCAGGCAGUAAACGUUUAGAAAAUUCGAAUCAUUUCAGCAAGAACAGUAGAGGGGCAAAGUCAACUCCGAGAUCUCUGAGCUAGUAACUAACUAUAUUUUCAUUUCGAGACGAUUUUAAAAGGGAUGAAAUGUCAGGAUCACUGUGUAUACAGUGUCAGACACAAACCACUGUGUUUAGUAAGACCUGCAACAGUUGUUUCUUUAACCACCCAAAAGAGAAGAAGUUGUUACAAGCAAUGAAGAAGUAUGAUUACGAAUGGGGACACAAUGAUUGCGCCCACUAUAAUAAUAGCUCUCAGAUAUUGACUUCCACAAAAGUAUUGCUCUACAAAUUACACACUCUAGGAUUUGUUCCCCUUCUCCUGCUUGGAAAAAGGAGACAGGGAACAAAACUUAUCGAUAUGGAUUCCUUUUGCCCUCACCCCCAAGUCAUAAAAGAAACGGGCUCUAUUGAAACAUUGAGAAACAUUUAUUUAGGUCUUCUGAAUGUCACACUCGGCACAGAGUCCCAAUGUCAGUGCUCCCCAGUGUCUCCAGAGCCAGAUGGGACCCCCGCACCAGCCGAGGUAGAGGGAACACCUACAACUGUCGAUCCAGUGGGAACCUCAGCAUCGACAGAGCUACACAGAAUUCCCAUCUCCAUCCAAUUGAACGUAAUACCAACAGAAACGGGCAUACCCAACACACUAAUCAAUCCAGUGGGAACCCCUACAACUAUCAAUCCAGUGGGAACCCCUACAACUAUCCAUCCAGUGGGAACCCCUACAACUAUCAAUCCAGUGGGAACCCCUACAACUAUCAAUCCAGUGGGAACCCCUACAACUAUCAAUCCAGUGGGAACCCCUACAACUAUCAAUCGAGACGGAAUCCCCAUAUCUUUACAACUGAACCUAAUCCCCACACCAACAGAGCCAGGCAAAUCCUGCACACCAGCCAUUCCAGUGGGAAUCCCUACACCAACCAAUCUAGUGGGAACUCCUACAGCAAUGGAUCCAUCAGGAACCCCUGCACCAACUAUGCCAGAUGGAAUUCCCACAUCCAUCAGCCUGAACAAAAUCACCACACUAACUAAGCCAGGCAAACACUCCACAUCAACCAAAACAUUGGGAACCCCUUCACCAAUUAAUUCAGUGGGAACCCCUGCACCAGCCGAGUUAGACGGACUCCCCACACCAACAGACCCAGGCAAACCCUCCACACCAACCAAGCUAGAUGGAAUCCCCACAUACAUCUGCCUGAACGGAAUCCCCACAUCCAUCUGCAUGAACGGAACCCCCACACCAAUACAGCCCAAAAUCCCCAGACCAAUACAGCCCAAAAUCCCCAGACCAAUACAGCCCAAAAUCCCCUCACCAAUACAGCCAGGCAAACCCUCCACACAAAACAAUCCAGUGGGAACCCCUGCACCAAUGGAUGAAACCUCUGACUCCUCUGAGGCCCAGGACCAAGAAAUGCAAAGGCCAAAAAGAAAAAUGUGGAGAGGUGGAGAUCUAAUCGAAGCUGAAGACAGUGCAACCACUCAAGCACAAAAGAGAAUAAAAACCACAGAAGAGUGUCUGAACAUGGAUACGGAUAGGCCCACGGUGUCAAGACAUGCAGAGGUAGACACUGAAGUAUUAGAUCAGCUAGAAAAACACAAAGAAGAGUGUCUGGACAUGGAAACGGAUAGGCCCACGGUGUCAAGACAUGCAGAGGUAGACACUGAAGUAUUAGAUCAACUAGAAAAGAGCAGCAUUGUACAAGCAACCAACAAGCAAACUUUGUGGGCUAUAAACUGCUUCAAAGACUGGCUGGCAGAGAAACAGAUGAUAGUGGAUUUUUCAACCAUUGAGAAAUCUGAAAUGAAUGUGCUCUUGCGAGAUUUUUACUGUUCUGUUCGAAGGGGUAAAGGUGGGGAGUAUUGUAUCCCGAGCUAUAUCGGAAUCCGGGCUGGCGUGAACAGAUUCAUUAACCUCCCUCCCCUUAGCAGAGCCUGGUGCUUGAUGAAGGACAGUGAGUUUACCUCCUCUAAUAAUGUAUUUAUUGGGGUACUAAAGAAAAUCAGACGAGAGGGCAGGGACAAAACUACCCAUCCUAAGGUGAUUAAAGCACAAGACCUUGAGAUUCUUCAAAACUCUCCUGUGCUAAGCCCCUACACACCAAGAGGGCUCGUCAACAAAGUGUGGUUUGAUAUCCAGUUACACUUUGGCCCCAGAGGAAAGGAGGGCAAUAGGCGGCUAACACCACAGUCGUUUGUAAUAAAGUACGAUGAAAACGGAGCAAAAUAUGCAACGAUGACUUCCAACGAGGAAAGACAGAACCAUAAAGAUGCAGAAGAGCAGAACUGGCAGAAUCGCUGUGGAAUCAUGUUUCAGAACCCUGGUAGUCACCUCUGUCCAGUCGCCUCCUUGGAGAAGUAUCUGAGCAAGAUCCCAUCAGAUGCCACCGCCCUCUACCUCCAUCCUAAGAAGAUGGUCAUCACCAGUGACAGAAUAUGGUAUAGCCAGGAGCCAAUGGGGUUCAAUUACCUUUCAUCAAUGCUGCCCCGACUGUGCCAGGAGGCUGGUACAUUGGAAAAGUACACAAACAACUGCUUACGAUCUUUGCGCGAGAUCAUGUCUGUCAGCACACUGAUAGUUCCUUGAAAUGUUAUUGAAAACCUUCAAUGGACAGAAAGAGAUGUCAAAUAGGCUCACUGAGUCAAGGCAGUGACACACUUCUGUUUCCUACCAGCGACAUUGUUUUGAUCUUAUACGCAAACGGAGAGCUUGCCAAGAUAUACAGUCCUCACCAUAUCUAUAUGGGACUAUGUAUUUUGACACUGAGGCUAAGAUUUACAUUUUUUUGCUCUAUAUUCCAGCAUUUUGUAUUUAAGAUGAAUGAGGCGACAGUCCAGAAUUUAACUUUUUGAAUUCAGAUUAUGUUUUAAGGUAUAGAUUUUGUUUUGUGCUGAGACUUCACUUUUCAGAAUUGUAAAGCCUUUUAAGCUUUCUUUUCACCAACAAGUUUUACUGUACUGGAAACUGUUUAGCCAUAAUCAUCCAUUUAGGAAAUCUAAAGUUUAG